CCCGCCUCCUGGCCCGGAAGUGCGCACGCGCACCGGCAAGAUGGAGGCUGCGGCGGAGCCGCUGCGGUCUGUCCGCCGUCUGUCCCGCGUGCUGCUCUUCCUCUCCCAGUGCUACAUUCUGUCGGGCGAUGGAUCCUUAAAUUUAGAGCAUUCGCAGCCGCUGGCUCAGUCAAUAAAGGAUCCGGGCCCAACACGCACAUUCACAGUAGUCCCCAGGGCAGCAGAAAGUACUGAAAUCCCCCCUUACAUGAUGAAGUGUCCAAGCAAUGGUUUGUGUAGCCGCCUUCCUGCAGACUGUAUAGACUGUGCGACCAAUUUCUCCUGUACUUAUGGGAAGCCUGUCACUUUUGACUGUACAGUGAAACCUUCUGUUACCUGCGUUGAUCAAGACCUCAAACCCCAGAGGAACUUCAUCAUCAACAUGACUUGCAGGUUUUGCUGGCAGCUUCCCGAAACAGACUAUGAGUGUACCAACUCCACCAGCUGCAUGACAGUGGCCUGUCCUCGGCAGCGCUAUUUCGCCAACUGCACAGUGCGAGACCACAUUCAUUGCUUGGGUAACCGCACUUUCCCAAAACUGCUCUACUGCAACUGGACCGGAGGCUAUAAGUGGUCAACUGCUCUGGCUCUGAGCAUCACCCUUGGGGGAUUUGGAGCAGAUCGCUUCUACCUGGGCCAGUGGCGAGAAGGCCUCGGCAAGCUCUUCAGCUUCGGUGGCCUGGGAAUAUGGACGCUAAUCGACGUCUUGCUGAUUGGAGUUGGCUAUGUAGGACCGGCGGAUGGCUCUUUGUACAUUUAACUGUGAUUAUGUGCUUCAGAGAGCAGCGUGUAGAACAAAUCCUUCGUGUGGAGAUGGAUGUGGUGUGAGAGGAGUAUUUAUGUUUUUAAUGUACAGCAUCUGUACUUGGCUUGCCUUGAUGAAGGUAAAAUAAAGAAAUGGAACACUGAAUCACAA